CCAGUCGAGGAUUCAUCACUGCAGACACACUGAGGGGGAGAGAAGGACAACAGACAGAGGACUGGAUGAGACGAGAGAUUUUAACGUUGGAGCAUCGGGGGAGAAAAGAAAAGUAACAUGGAACGACAGGAGCCGACAACUUGUUGAUACAGUGAUGUGUGUGACAAAUCAGAAGAGUCCAGUCAGCCUCCCCUGCUGAGGAGCUGCAGUGCAUCAUGGGAAGUGUAGUUCACACACUGAACCGAGACAAGGAAGGUGGUGGGUGGGGCUUAGCCUGCUGAGUUGCUGUGUGAUUGGUCGAUAGUGAUGAUCGCGACUGGCGGCCUCCUUCGAAUCAACGCCCGACGUCAGGACUCAAACAAAACACACAAACCACACACACACAAGAAGAAGAGCAAGAAGAGGAGAAAGAGUGAGGUGGUGGUGGUGAAGGGGAAGCUGAAGCUGUGCUCGCUGUCGGGUCUCGUGGCGGCGCUCGGUGUUCUGGUCCUGCUCGGGGGUGUGGUCAUGGCGACUCUUGGCUAUUGGCCCCGAGAUGGACUGUUGUUCAGAGCUCAGCCACAGGAGGGCGCUGCGAUGGCCUCAGUGUCAUCCAUCAGCUCCACACCUGCACCUACUCAGGGAGAAGAGAGGGGGGAGGGUCUCCAGAGAGAAGAGGGAGGGGGAGGAGCUGACGACACUUUGAACCAAACGGAAUCCAUCAAUAGGACGAGGCCACACCUUCCAAGAAGCUUCGUGGGCGAUUUUCUGGACAGGUAUCUGUACUCUGAUAGGCUGAAGGUCUUCGGUCCUCUCAUCAUGGGCAUUGGCAUAUUUCUCUUCAUCUGUGCGAACGCUGUCCUUCACGAGGUCCGGGACAAGAAGACGAAGGUCAUCAACCUGCGCGACAUUUACUCGACCGUUAUCGACCUCCACAGCCUCCGCCGACCACACCCCUCCUCCUCAACCAAUCCCCUCAAUGGUCUCAUUAACUACGUCCAAUCAAAGAGCCUGGACAGUAAACCCAGUUCUUACCCUGCGCCCCUGACGAGCAGGAGGGAGGGGGGGGUUGGUGGAGGAGGAGCGGGCGCAUUGUCAAGGCAACAGUUGCUUGGCAGCACCGGGGGAGGCGGGGCUGAUAGGGGAGGAGGGGGGGCUGAUAGGGGAGGAGGCUCUGUGUUUAGCAUCUACCAGAAUACCCCUCCCCUCGACGACUCCUCCCACAUAUUACCCCUCCCCACCAGCAUCAGCCCGCUGCCCCCUCCCCUACAGAGGGGGGGGCUCAGCUUCUUCACCUUACCUUUACGCCGCCCGCCCCCCACCACCCCCCGCCGGAGGCACUCAGCACGGGCCAGGACAGGAGGAGGUGUGGAUAAAAGUCUACCCCGCCCACUAAGCUGCUGCACCUCCCCUUCACCCCGACCCCUCCAGGAGGGGCCGUUAGCAGCUUCCUGCAGUUCCUCCAGCCUCCACAUGGGAGCACCCGGAGGCUCCCAGGCCCUCUUCCUCUCCUUCUCCUCCCUCACUCCCUCCCACCUGUCUCUCUCCUCCCUGUCUCACCUGCUCUCCCCCUCCUCCCACCCGAUGAAAGACCCUCCUAGCAGGAGGCAGAGCCUGCCCACCGGGAGCGUCACCAUCGCUUACAGGAAGCUGACUCACGGAGAGGUUGCAUCAUUUGAGUCGACAGAGAUGACAUCAUUACACCCUGUGACCUCACAGAAGUCAGAGGAAAUGACAUCACAGAGGAAGUACUCAAACAGGGAGAAGCUGAGGAUGCUCACUCAGCUGAUGAGCGGUGAUGACCAAUCAGGAGCUGACAUUACAACUCUGCAGUCGUGACUUUUAAUGUUGUCAUCGUGACGUCGCAAAGAUUCUGGAUCUAAAAUCAAAACAAACUGUUACUAGUGGUAAUCAGUGUCUCUAUCUAAACACACGAUGAAGAAGAUGAUGAUCACAGGUUGUUAACGUCUCGCAGCAACAAGGCGUCUUCCAGACAAAAGAAUGAUCGCAGGAAUAAUCCGGAGCCCUGUGGCCACCUAGAGGACGGGUGGAGCCAUGACAGGUUCUGCUCUUUGAGGGGCCAUAGGCUCGUCCAUCUCCACUGGUCAUUCAAUAUUAGUUAUAAACAUUCAUUUAUUAGUUUUGUUAUAGAAAAAUAUCAGAAGAGGGAGUUUUUGUUCUUCUCUGGCUCCCUCUUGUGGUAGCACUCUAAUCCUACACUUCAGGACUGAAGAUGUGGUUGGCUCAGGGGCUCCCAGGGGCCCAGAAAAGGUUUGUGAAGCCCUGCUCUCAUUUGUUUGAGUCGAUUCAACCUGGAACUUGUUUUCAAGGAAGUGUGAUGUCAUGAAUAUGAGCUGAUCCGAUUGGACAGACUGUGCACCAGCAGGAUUCAAACUCUGACAGAAAUGAAAACAGCAGGAAACUGUAACAUAAGACCACAUUUCAAACCCAUAGCUCCACCUGCAGGUCAGUGAGUGGAAGUGUGCGCUGAUAAACCACUGCUCCUUUAACCUUCAGCUGAUCAGAAGUGAACAACAUAAACUGUCAUGAAACAUCAUAAAUGAAUCAAUAAUCAUGAUUCAUUUACAACCAGACAAUGUUUGUGUUUCAGGGUUUAAAGCAGAAUGAGUUCAUCUUUUCUAAACUUGAAUAAACUGUGACUUUAAAUCA